AUGAUGAUCAAAUUUAACAAAUCGUUAACUUUAUUAAUUAUUUUAAUUAUUGGUUUAGUUUGUUUAGUUUCACCAGCAUUCUCACAACAAAAACAAGCAGGUAGCACUACUACAACUAGAUCAGCUGAAGAUACUAAACUUUUAAAAGAAUUUAGAGAUUUAGCUGUUAAGGAAGGUGGUAUUAUUCAAUUAAAAACAUUAACUCAAACUAAAAAAUUCUUACAAGCAAAAAAUAGACCAUAUGAAGUUUUAGCAUUAUUUACAUCAUCCAAUCCAAAAUAUGGUUGCGCAGGUUGUCUCGUUUUAAAUUAUGGAGCAUCUUAUAUCCAAUAUUUAGAAUCACCACAAUUUUUAGAAAAACCAAUAUUUGUUGUUAUUUUAGAAGUCGAUUCAACUCUUGAAUUCUUCCAACAUGUCGGUUUUAAUACAAUCCCACAUUUAGUUUUCAUUCCAAGUGGUUCAAAACCAAUUCAAACCAAAGGUUUUACAUUCACUAAAGUCGACCAAGCAACACCAGCCCAAAUUUCAAAUUUCAUUUUAUCUCAUUCAAAGAUUAAUAUCGAACCAGUUAGAACUCUUUAUGAAAAAUAUUCACAACAAUUUUUCGGCACUAUUAUUUUUAUUGCUUCACUUAGAUUCAUAAUCACUGCAUACAAAAAGAGAAAUAACCCAAUGUUUUGGUAUUUCUUAACUAUUUUAUUAUUUUCAGCUGUUAUUAUGGGUAUCUUUUAUGAUUUCAUUCACAAACCAGCCCUUUAUGACUAUGACCACCGUAAUCAAAAAUAUAACUAUUUCUCAAGAGGUUCAAGAAGUCAAACUGUUUCAGAAGGUUUCAUUAUGGGCGUUUCAACUUUAGCAAUUACACUUGUAUUUAUAUAUAUCUCUGAUAUUUUACCAAAUUAUUCAAGAUUUGGAACCAAAGUUAAGAAUGUUCUCUUUUUCCUUGGUAUGGGUGCCAUUAUAUCAUUCCUUUAUUUCCAAUCAAUCGCUUUCUCAAUGAAAUAUUACAGACCAUUAUUCUUUAUUCCAUCAUUCGAAUUUUAA